AUGUUGAAUAGCGAUAGAAAACUGUGCCCUCUGUGCAGUGUCGACGUCAGGGCGGAUCAGCUUGGUGCUCAUGUUCUCGGAUGUGGAAAAAAGGAACAAUGCAGCUCGUGUGGCAACAAGUUUGAGAAUUUGAUUGAGCAUAUCAAAGUAUGUCCAAUUAGAAAUAAUUCAUAUCAAAGUCCAUUGACAUAUCAAAGUCCAUCGGCUGCUAUUUACAAACCACAAGCGAUGAAAAACUGCCCCAUCUGUUCAACAUCAGUGCGAGAAGAUGACUAUCCUACUCAUUUAAGUACAUGUAGCACAAGGGGUAACACACCGCCAUCCAUUAUACCAAAGACUACACAGACGUGUUCCAAUUGCCACAGCGAGAUCAAUGAAAGUGAUAUCCUUCGACACGUACUAACUUGCUCCCAUAGUACCACAGCCAGUUACAAUUCAAAACAACAGACGAUGAAAAACUGCCCAAUCUGUUCAACAUCAGUGCGAGAAGACGACUAUCCUGCUCACUUAAGUACGUGUAGUAUAAAGGGGUGUGCAUCAACAUCCACUACGCCAACGACUACGCAGCCGUAUAAUCGCGGUGAGAAACAGAUUAAUCGACCUGACAUGAAUCAUCAUGCACCAAGUCACAAUCCAAACUACUUGAAAACGACGAUCAAAUGCUCAAUAUGCUGUGCACUUGUGGAAGAAGUUGAUUAUCCUAAGCAUUUAGACUUCUGUCGUAGUCGACAACCAAUAGCACCAUCAAACAACCGAGGUAAUAAUAUGAAGAAAUGUGUAACCUGUUCUCGAACUAUGAAUGAAAUCGAGUUCGCCGAACAUAUCAACAAAUGUGUCAACGAAGCUUCUGCAAAACAACCUGAAACCGAAGAUUGUAUCAUAUGCUUUAAACCAAUCGCUAAAGUAGAAUACGAAAAACACGUUAAUGACUGUCUAUCGAAAUCCUCAUCACCUUCACCUUCUGUAACUCCAAAACCCUCCAAACCAACAAUUCAAUCAAGAUCAAAUUCCUGCUCUACAUGUUCAAAACCUGUCAACUCGUCCGCAAAGUCGAGCCACUCCGUGCCAUGUCUAUCGAAACAUGUUCACUGUGUUGAGUGUCUUCAGAAAUUAAUGAACGAACAUAUCAAGUCAAAAACUGCACCUGUCUGCUAUGCAAAUCAUUGCGAUUAUGAACUUUCUCGAUAUGAUGUGUAUUGCUUACCUGUUGAUGCGAAUGUUAGAGAUCAAUUAUUACCCUUAAUUCAAAGUACGCAACGUCCACAGUGUCCUAUAUGCGAAUUCUAUGUGGAUUUUCGAACUAUGGAUGAUUUCCAGAGACACGCGAUUUCGUGUGACUCGGAGAAUAUGGUCUCUUGCGAAGAUUGCCACUGUUUGUAUAAGGCCAACCAGUCGCAGAGACAUUCACAAGAAUGCCGCAUGCGUACUCGGGCACAACAACAACAAGCUCUGGUCGAUUUUCUUCUACCUCGAACUAAGUAUUCGUGGACAGCAGUACAGCUACGAGCAUUUAUAGAACAUACAAAGAAAGUUCGUCUACCGCUUGAUCCACAUUCAAUCGUCAAGUCACUAACUAUAUAUGGCGCUAGUUUUCCGCUGGAAGUUCCUACUGUAGAGUGUGCAGUGUGUUUGGAAGCACGUGUAUACGAUGAUGUUUUUGUCUUCGGCUGCGACGAGAAACAUAAGUUAUGCUAUGGAUGCUUCGAAGAUGCAUGUACAGCAAAAAUGAACAAUAACGAAGUAUUGACAUGCGCCCUUUGUGCUUAUCAAUUGCUGGAUGGAGAAAUCAAAGAACUGAGAGUGUCAAAUGAUCGAAAAAGAGAAUUUUUAGACUAUCAAUCACAGAAAACAUUCCAUAAUUACAGAGAUGGAACGCAGGGCGUGAUCAAGUGUCCGAAACAAGGGUGCAAAUGGAUAGUUGAAGCGCAAAAUCCAACUGAACGUAUGUCGGUCACUUGCGGAAUGUGUCAGUACCAGUUUUGCUCACUAUGCAGCGAACUGUAUCAUUAUCGAACAACAUGUCAAGAGCUGAGAGAAAUAACUCAACGUUGGGCUAUUUGGUGUAACACCGAACGCGGCAAUUACUGGCAAGCGCGAGCACAACAAGAUGCUACUUAUCAAGCACAGUUACAAGAUUAUGAACGACAGAAAGCUGCCAAUGCGCAACGAAACGGUGAACUUCAACAACGUCACCAGGAACUAAUGAAUGACGAAAAAUACAAAGCACAGCGCUGUCGUUUAUGUCCAAACUGUCACCGAGUAGUAGAACGUAUUGAGGGAUGUGACAGUAUGUUAUGUGGUCGAAAUUAUCAUGGUGGCGACCAACAAUCCGGCUGUGGUCAUAGUUUCAAGUGGCCUCAAGCUCAACCUUACGUACCAAUGGCUGAUGCAGGUCCUCAACAAAUUCGAAACGAUCUUGCUCGUCCCGAAGAACAAAAGGCUAUUGUACACGAGGGCAUUCAAUGUGAUUCUUGUCACCAACAAGUUCAAGGUGUUCGAUUUGACUGUUGUCAUUGUGCAUCAUUGAUAUUUUGCGAAAAAUGCGAACAACGGGCAACUCUUGAACAUGCAAAUCAAAUACGUGAACAAGGAAUGCAGCAACAUGUUUUUCGUUUAAUUCCGAGACCACUCAACGGCGAUCGUUAA